AACCCUGGGCAUUUGCGCACUGUUUCUGUUCCAAGCCCUGAACAACAAUGGAAAGGGAGGAAAAGUUUUGCUUAAAAUGGAACGAUUACAGUUCCAACCUAGAGAAAUCUUUCCGGGACCUGAGAACAGAAAAAAUCUUGUUUGACGUAACACUAGCCUGUGAAAAUACACAGGUCGAGGCCCACAAAGUAGUUUUGUCAGCUUGCAGUAACUUUUUCAAAGAUAUUUUCAAAAACAAUCCCCACCCUCACCCCCUUCUCUAUCUCAGGGGGAUAAAGCUAUGUCAGCUGACCUCUCUGCUAGAUUUUAUGUACAAUGGUGAAGUAAACAUGGGACAAAGUGAUCUAACCGAAUUUCUGGCUGUAUCUGGAGAUCUGGAGGUGAAGGGCCUUACUCCCGACGGCGACGUUGUGGAUAAAGAAGCGGCGGGAACUCCUCCUGUAGAACUGAGCGAACCACCGCCCUCGUCACCCACUGCUAAGCGAAGGAAAGUAUCUCCUAGCUUGGUAGUCCGACAUGAUCUUGGACAAUCAACAUCAGAGAAAGAGGAGAGUGAUGGUACUGUUGUCAAAACAGAAAAGACCUUCGGAUUUGAGGAGCAGUUAGAACCGUGUGAUGAUACAGAAUUGCCUUUUAAUGAUUCAAAUAUGGACGAAGAAAACGAUUUCUCGAGAUUCGUCGCGGCCGACGAUUUCAAGUUUGACCAGAAUACCCCAGCAGAUAUGUACGACGAGCACAACGCAAAAGUUGAUCUAAUGGUUCGAUCCAAGAUGAUGGAGACGGGAGACGGUUGGGCCUGCUCCGCCUGUGUGUUCUCCGGAACCAUCAGGAAGGUUUACCAGCAUGUUGAGCUGAAUCAUGUUUCUGUUCAGUACUACUGCCAAAUUUGCCAAAAAGUUUGCAAAACUAGAAAUUCGCUGUUCUGCCACAGAUAUCGGUAUCAUCGGAACAAAACACAGAGCCAAGGGGAGGAGUCGGGAGGGUUCUCACCUCCAAACAAAACCAUCUCUUCAGGCCAAGCUUGUACCGGUAUGAUGAAAGACAUGUUAAAACCUCCUUCGAAUUACAUUCUCGCCAAAAUAGAAAAUAAAUGAAAAAAGCAUCAAAUAUAAGAAUUGUAAUUUUUAAUUA